UAAUCUUCCACAGGGUGGCAGUAAUGAGCACUCCAUAUUGUUUACUCACCGCUGUAAAAUACGAAGAAGAGCUUUAAAGCAGUGACUGCCAUGGUUACACUUCUGAACUUAAAGCAUCGGCUGUAACGUUUUGUUUAUAAUUAUCUGUGUUUGUUCCCGGUGAAAUGUGGAGACUAAACAAAGUUCGCUACAAAACUGGUCAACAUGCUGAAAGCCUGGAGGAGUUCAGGCUCAGGAGGAGAGAGAAAGAAAGAGCACUCAGGCAAGCUCGCAGAGACAGACAACUUGUCAGCAAGAGGCUCCUUCUUAAUCAAGAUGAAAAUGAAGAACAUGACACUAUGGAGAUAACUCCUGGAGAACUGGAUGUGGUCAGCUUGUUCCAGAAGCUGCAGCAAAGCGGCACAGAAAAAGAGGCCUAUAUAAGAACCCUUAGUAAAGCUCUUAGGGACCCAUCAGCUCAACUCAUCUUCAUCAAGCUAGAGAACAGCAUUCACCUGCUUGUCAGCCUCCUCACUGGCUCUGACGCUUGGUGCCGUCUGCAGGCGGUUCGCUGUCUUCAUGAGCUGUCCCACUCCCCCCACCCCGGCGUGGCGACCGCCUGUCUUCCUGCCACCCCCUAUCUGCUCACAUACCUGUCGGGCCAGAGCACCAAGUUCACAGAGCUUUGUCUGUACACACUGGGUAAUAUAUGCCCAGAGAGUGAGGUUGUGAAAGAGAGGCUUCUGGCCCAGGGAAUCAUACCAGCACUAGGCAGCUGUAUACAGACCCAGAGACAUAACCUGGCAGUGGUGGAAGCUGCAGGGUUCACCCUCUUUCAGCUUCUGCAAUCCAAAGAUGCAAUCCAGAAAGUAAUCCCGAUGGUCCUGGCCUCCAGCUUACCUUCACUGUUGUUAUCAGUUUUGACCCCUGACCCUGAGUUUGGGCUGGCUCCAGCUAUCGAGUGCGCGUGGUGUUUACACUCCCUCACAUCAAGCACUGAGGAUCACUCCCGGCUGUUGGCGGAAGGAGCCUUGAGGCAUUGCAGUUCAUUAUUAGUGUCACUAGGUGGUGCUGUGGGAAAGGAAAACGUUGACCAAGAGGUGGAGCUGCUUGUGUGUCCUCUGCUGAGGUGUGUUGGAAACCUCCUGUCUUCCUGCCCUGCUGAAGCUCUCGGCUCUCAGCUUAGGGAUGCUCAGCUUGUGGCGCCACUGUGUGGACUUCUUUUUGCCUUCCUGAACACCCAGCCUGCCUUGGCCAGAGAGGCGGCCUGGGUCCUCAACAACCUGACAGCCCACUCCACAGACUGCUGCUCUGCUCUCUUAACUUUCCAUUUGGUGCCGAGAUUGAUUGACCUUCUGCCCUUUUCUCAAGGCAUUAACACAAUGGUAUUAAGAGUUUUAGCAAAUGUUGCCCACAAGAAUAAGGAAUUCUGCAUCCAGCUGGCGGAGCUUGGACUUCUGUCUGCCCUCACGGCCACUCUAAAAAUGGCCGACCAAGACAUGGUGACUCUGAGUCUAGAAGUCUUGUUCAUGAUGGUUGCUAGCUCUCCAAUGAUAGUAGAGCAGUUUGUGAGGCAAGGUGGGCUUUCAGUUUUAGAAGCCAUCCAGUACAACAGUGAAGGAGAGGUGAGAAGAAGGGCAACAUUCCUCUUGGAGCAGCACAUACUUACCUGAAAUGGUGGAAAACUCCCACGUGAAUUAACACAAGGACUUCUAGUAUAAAAUAAACAAAAGGACACAAUCAGCUUUUCUUACAUUAUGUCCUGCUUUACAUUGUGCUAUCUCUAUAAUGCUGACAAAAUGGUGCACUGAAUUUUUUAAUGUAAAUUUUUAACAUCAUCUUUAAGAACAAUGCAUCAUUGCAUUAAGCACAGCCCACUUUGAAGAG